AUGCCCCAAGAUCGCAGCUACGAAGAGCAACCUCUACGAUGCAUGGCCAAUUACUACGAUCAUGGCCAUGCCAAUUACACUACGGCCACUCGCUACCAGGCAACUACGGAAGGGUGGAUUCCUAGUCGUAUGGCGAACUACACAGGUACUCAAUUCGAUGAAGUCCGCAUGGAUUACCAAGAAGCCCAAAUCCAUCGCCACCCGGUUCGUGCAGAAGCGACUCUAGGCCACCCAGAUUUGAACAGUUCAAGUCGACGGAUGCAUGAAUCAGGGCAGACUUCUAGUACCGCCAACGACGUCAACCAGCAAGGAGCAAACCUCAGCGCCAGGCCCUCUUUUGAGACUCAGUCAGACGAUGUAACCAGACCUUACCGGCCACACAAGUAUGGGCCGGAGGUUGCCAAACGCUUUCGGUAUCAUCUUGAACAAUCUAGAUUCUACGGCUGGCGAGUUGGAGUGCUGCUUGGAAGCUGUGUUUCCACGUUUGUACUCAUCUGCAACAUUGCCAUGAUAAUCGUAGGCGCGAAAACAGGAUCUGGCUAUGAUGGAGAGGGCGUCGCAACGCUUAUGGCGGCUGACGAAGAGACAAUCUCCAGGUGGAAUACUAUUUGUCACGUCUUCAUCAACAUUCUCAGCACAGUUCUGCUCUCGGCGAGCAAUUACACAAUGCAGGUUCUGAACUCACCCACCCGACGAGAAAUAGACGUGGCUCAUCUGCGCGGAAGGUGGCUCGACAUUGGCCUUGUCAGCAUUCACAACUUGAGGGUCAUAUCUCGGAAAAGAGCAGCUCUCUGUUUGAUGCUAGCAGUAUCAUCGUUGCCUCUGCACCUCUUCUACAACGCUGCGAUCUUUAAAAUCAUCACACUGAGCAAGUACGAUGUGCUGAUCAUACAAGAAAACGACCCCAUCUUGAACAAGACUCUCGCUCCUGGUGAACGUCUAGACCAUACUGCAUGGAAGAAAACCUACGAAAACCCAUCAAUCACACGAUAUAGUGAUCUGUAUUUGACUAUUGAUCAAAUCUCGUUUGUAACGAAGAACGACCUCGCGGAGGUAGAUUUCUCGAUUGCGGAUCAUUUCCCACGAAAGAUAAGAAGCGAUGCUUUCGUCAACAUGCCUAUGCCUACAGACGCCGGCUGGAUACCCUUCAACAAUUGGACUUCAACAGUGUCAAACAAGUCCAUACCAGAUACGCUACACAUCGUAGAGGGCUGGGCGACUCGGGGUAAAUAUCAAAGCCGGAUACAGAUCAGUCUUCCUUUCAUGAUUGUAGUUGUCGCUUUCAACUUCUUCAAGCUUGUUAUCAUGGUCGGUGUGCUAACGAUGGACUCGUCAGAAUACCUCGUUACUUUGGGCGAUGCUGCAGCUUCUUACCUGGAGCACCCCGAGGAUUUUACAAAAGAAAAGAGUAUACUAGAGCUUGACAAGAUGCUAUCAAGUUUUGAGAGCCAUAGUACCAUAGCCUCUAGGUGCUUUUCAUGGCAGCCACGGCGACGACGCUACUGUUCAUCAAUCGGAUACGACAAAACCUGGUCUGCUGUUAUAGCCGGAACAUUACUGGUCAUCGUCAUUACUCUUUUCCCAACGAGGGUAACUGAUUUGGGUAGUGGGAUGUGGCAGUGGGGAUCUGCAUCGAGCGGCACCAUCUCGUUCGGCGCAACGGGAGCAUCUACAAAGGCUACACUCUGGAACGCUUGGCUGGCAAACAUGCCACAGGUCCUGCUGUCCCUCUGCUACAUCAAUCUCAACGCAAUAUGCACUGCAAUGGCAAGCACAGCUGAGUGGGACGGCUUGGCCACCACGAAGAAAGGGCUUCGAGUUACCAGACCGCGAGGCAAACAGCGCAGCACGUACUUCCUACAGCUCCCAUACAAGUGGGCAACACCACUCAUGAUGACCAGUGGUGGGUUACAUUGGUUGCUAUCGCAGACGUUCUUCAUAUCUCGUCUCGACUAUUACAACACUGAAGGCGGACUUGAGCGUUGGACCUCCGCCUGCGGGAUCUCAUUCUCUGGUCUGAUCGUCUUCUGUGUUGUCUGUGUGGCCCUGGUGGCGAUAGUUCGUUGUAUAGGUCGCUGGCCUAUGAUGCCUAAUCUUCCACUGGCAGAGAACUGUAGUAUCAUGAUCAGUGCAGCAUGUCAUCCGGAUCCGAGCGAGGUGGAUCCGCAUCUGAAGAAGGUGCAAUGGGGUGUCAUCCCCGGUACUGGGCGUUGCUCGUUGUCGUCGAAGCCCACGAUGAGGCCUCAAGUCGGUGAGACGUACUCGUAA